AAGUUUCGGCUCUCCCCUUAACUAAGUGGCCGUUUUUUUACCGUCCAUUGUCAGACUGUGUGUGUAACUGUGUGAAACCACCUCUCCCCACUCUAUACUCUUUGUAAACUACUGUCUCUCAUCCAUAGUCCAUCCUCAUCUCAUAUACAUACAAUCUAUAGAUACAGAUAGAGAACGGAUAGAGAGAAAGAGAAAGAGAGUGAUGGUCCUAAUGGAAAAAAGCCAUGGCUCCUCUUUCUCUUCCUUCAAGUCCUAUCUCCAAGCGCUUGCAGACACACCAACCCGGUUCGCACGCAGGGCCGGUUCUGUUUCUACUUCUUUCGAAGAAACUAGCCGGGUUAGAGCCCGCUCCGGUCCAGACAUGAAGAGGAGUCUCCGGUGGUACGACCUGGUCGGGUUUGGAAUCGGCGGGAUGGUCGGCGCUGGCGUAUUCGUCACCACCGGCCGUGCCAGUCGCCUCUACGCAGGCCCCUCUGUUGUUCUUUCCUACGCCAUUGCUGGCCUUUGCGCCCUCCUCUCUGCUUUUUGCUACACUGAGUUCGCCGUCGACAUGCCCGUUGCCGGUGGUGCCUUUAGCUAUAUCCGAGUCACUUUUGGUGAAUUUUUGGCUUUCAUAACCGGUGCAAAUCUGAUUAUAGACUAUGUUCUAUCAAAUGCGGCCGUUGCAAGAAGUUUCACAACCUAUUUCGGAACAGCUAUUGGUGUUUCAGCUCAAAAUCAAUGGCGGAUCACAAUCCCUGUUCUGCCAAAAGGGUUCAAUGAAAUCGACAUAGUAGCUGUGGCCGUGGUUUUAGUCCUCACUGUCAUUAUCUGUUACAGUACAAGAGAGAGUUCGUUGUUGAACAUGGUGUUGACAGUGCUGCACAUUCUGUUCAUAGUGUUCGUGAUAGUGAUUGGGUUUUGCAAAGGAGAUUGGAAGAACUUGACGGAGCCGUCUGACCCGACACACCACCCGGGCGGGUUUUUUCCGUUUGGAGCUUCAGGGGUCUUCAAUGGCGCUGCCAUGGUUUAUCUGAGCUAUAUUGGGUAUGAUGCUGUUUCGACAAUGGCGGAGGAGGUCAAAAACCCGGUUAAGGAUAUCCCCGUCGGAGUCUCUGGCUCUGUUAUCCUGGUUGCCAUUCUUUACUGUUUGAUGGCGGCUUCAAUGGCCAUGAUUCUUCCUUAUGAUGUGAUCGACCCAGAAGCACCAUUUUCGGGUGCAUUUAGAGAUGGAUCGGACGGUUGGAGGUGGGUGUCGAAUGUGAUCGGAGUGGGGGCCAGUUUCGGGAUCCUAACGUCGCUGUUGGUGUCGAUGAUGGGGCAGGCCCGAUACAUGUGUGUGAUCGGACGGUCGAGCGUGGUCCCGGCGUGGUUCGCUAAGGUCCACCCCAGGACAUCCACGCCUGUGAACGCCUCCGCUUUCCUUGGAAUAUUCACUGCUGCAAUUGCCCUUUUCACUGAUCUCAACAUCCUCCUCAACCUGGUAUCAAUCGGCACACUCUUCGUGUUCUACAUGGUUGCAAAUGCAGUAAUCUAUAGGCGUUAUGUCUCUGUUGGAACCACAAAUCCAUGGCCCACGUUGUCCUUCCUCUUUUGCUUCUCACUGACAUCCAUCAUGUUCACCCUCGUUUGGCAAUUUGCCCCACCGGGCAAGCCAAAGGCCUUCGUGCUUGGUGCCUGCACUGCUAUUGCCAUUGGUGUUCUCCAACUGUUCCAUUAUAUGGUCCCAAAAGCCAGAAAGCCUGAGUUUUGGGGAGUUCCUCUGAUGCCAUGGAUUCCAUCCAUCUCAAUCUUUCUCAAUAUAUUCUUGCUGGGGUCUCUUGACAGACCAUCCUAUGUGCGAUUCGGAUUCUUUUCGGCUCUUGCAGUGCUUGUAUAUGUUCUAUAUAGUGUUCAUGCUAGCUCUGAUGCUGAAGAAGAUGGUGCUCUUAUUCAAAAGAAUGGUGAAAUUAUGAAGGAAUCAAAUGAAAGUGAGGACCAUAGUCUCAAAGUGUAAAAACCCCUUUUGGUUAACUUUUCUUCUUGUGACUUCUGAACUUUUUUUUUUAUCUGUUGAUGGAUACUUAGAAUAGGGGUGAAAAGAAAAGAAUAGAACAGAACAGGCUGCAAUUUUGCAGUAGCAAGUUGUAUAGUUGGUGUCCAGUAGUGGGUUUAGAUUGAGAUCCCCUGUACAUUGUGUCAUGUGAUCCAUCAACUUUUAGGGUUGGGGUGUUUGACAUGUAACAAUAUCUAAUGAAUGAAA